AUGCUUUCGAAUUCAAGGAGUACCGAUAUUACUACCCAUAUUAAAAUAAUUCUGCAACAGAAAAGGUGUUAUUUUCUCUAUCUAUUCCUAAAAAGAGAUAGAGCACUUGGGGGUUCUAAUUACUCAGAUGAAGUGAAACCUUUUCUCUCACAGGUUGGAGAAGAACUUAAAAGUAAUGUAACCCCUUUAUUUUGUAUUAAUUGUUUAGUAUUAAAUUUCGUUUUUUCCACAGCUGUUGUUAUUUAA